AUGCUGAGUACGAGAGAUGUACAAGUUGUUCAGGUUGUCUUAGAUGGGAUUUCAAACAUAUUGGCAGCAGCCGGUGACAAUUUGGAUCAAGUUACAACUGCAAUUGAAGAGUGUGGUGGAUUAGAUCUUAUUGAAUCUCUUCAAGAGCAUCAAAAUAUGGAGAUUUACCGCUUGGCAUAUGAUAUAAUUGAACGCUAUUUUAACGAAGGGGGAAUUGUUCAUAGCACAAAUUCUUAUAAUAAUAAUAAUAAUAACCUGUUCUUAGGUGUAGAUCAUCGUUCUGAACUGGCUAUCCGUCUUUUUAUAAGAAAGGUCUUCUUGGAUCCUGUUGCCUUACCAUUUGUCCAUGAAGAUAAUCAUAAGGUGUUCUCUCCCGCUUUUCAAAACGAAAAUUUUUCAUUGGCGGGUGACAACUCACUAGUUGUUGAGGAUGAAGAAACCACAAACUCAUUUUGUGCUGUCGCAGGGCCAUCGUCUUCAUUUGUGGCUCUGCCUCCUCCUCAAUUUCCAUCCUCCAGUGGCGGACUGUCCAUAAGAUAUAACUGGAAAGCUUCGGGAAUUUUGAUGAAAAUUCUGAGGCCUUAUGAUAUCCAAAAGCAACUUAGACUUUUAUUUAUUCUUUACGGACCAAUACAUAGAGGGUAUCUAAUGUGGCGAACAGUGAGUCGAAAUACUGCUGCUGAUAGGGAUCAAUUAUUCGCUUGCUUUGGAGAACUUGGAGGUGCUAUAUGUAACAUGCUUUAUUCCGGCUUAUGGACAUCUGAAGAUGUUAUUCGUAUUUUCGAAAAUAUUACUGUUUUGCCGAAUGAAUGGCUAUCAGAAAAUGUUGCUUGUUUAUUACAUUGCUCAGGACCAAAUGUGGCAUCUAUUGUUUUGAGAAACAUGUCGAGAAGUGGGAAAAUUUCUGAGGCCGCCAGGAUCCUUACCUCGUUGUGUUUAGUUCAGUUAAAGUUUACAAAUCCAUCCAUAACAUUAUUUCAAGCUUUCCUACUGUUGGGAACUUGUGUAGAGAAAGUGACAGUCUGA